AUGGCGGGAACGAUGAUGGCCGUGACGGCCAAGAGCAAGAACUGCACGCUGGCCUCGGAGAAGAAACAUGGGUGGGCUCUUCCGGAGCUCCGGUUCCCCUGGGAUUCGCAAGAAGACAAGGCCUUCUCCUUAAGCUUGCAUGACUCUGCCUCCCCUCAUCAUGGUGCGCUGUUUGCUAGCGUUGGUCUGAAAGUGUCGACACCUGCUCCGGCAGUGUCAACCAGUCCGGCGGAGCAGGAGUUCAAGAUCCCUUUUGCUGAUCAUUGCAUAAAGUUUGUCUCGUCAGCAGUCGGGUUUCCGGUUGUUGGGGCCGUGGAUGGGUCCGUGGAGGAGGAGGUGGUGGUGGAUGGUAAGGUUAUUAGGAAGAAGGCCAAGAAGCGUGGGCUGAAACUGAAAAUUAAGAUUGGUAACCCGCAUUUGAGGCGGCUGGUUAGUGGGGCUAUUGCGGGGGCGGUCUCGAGGACUUGUGUGGCGCCGUUGGAGACAAUUAGGACGCACCUGAUGGUUGGGAGCAAUGGGGAUUCAAUGACAGAAGUGUUUCAGGCAAUUAUGAAGACAGAGGGCUGGACAGGGCUGUUCCGUGGGAAUUUUGUAAAUGUUAUCCGUGUUGCUCCAAGCAAGGCGAUUGAGAGUUUCUGGAAAGGAGUUUGGGUUCGCCUAACACUAUUUGCUUUUGAUACAGCCAAAAAAUUCCUGACUCCAAAGGGUGAUGAGUCCUCUAAGACCCCCUUCCCUCCAUCACUUGUCGCGGGGGCACUUGCAGGUGUCAGCUCAACACUGUGCACAUAUCCUUUGGAACUGAUCAAGACACGUCUGACUAUAGAGGUGGAUACAAUUCUUUGUCAACAAUGUGUAAGAGUGAUAUUUCUGAGUACCUCACCUCAUGCCUACUUGUUUCUGCAGAAAGACGUAUAUGACAACUUUCUCCAUUGCCUCGUCAAGAUUGUACGAGAGGAAGGCCCCUCGGAGCUUUACCGUGGUCUGACGCCGAGUCUGAUAGGAGUGGUGCCAUACGCCGCGACCAACUACUAUGCCUACGACACCCUGAGGAAGCUCUACAGGAAGACAUUCAAGCAGGAGGAGAUCAGCAACCUUGCAACCCUCCUGAUUGGUUCGGCCGCGGGCGCCAUCUCGAGCACUGCCACCUUCCCUCUCGAAGUAGCUCGGAAGCAAAUGCAGGCUGGGGCGGUGGGUGGAAGGCAGGUCUACAAGAACGUGUUCCAUGCCCUCUACUGCAUAAUGGAGAAGGAAGGGAUGGGCGGCCUGUACAAGGGGCUCGGGCCCAGCUGCAUCAAGCUCAUGCCCGCGGCGGGGAUCUCGUUCAUGUGCUACGAGGCAUGCAAGAAGAUUCUGGUCGAAGCCGAGGAGUAG